AUGAAAAGGGCGGCCCACGCACUUUCGCUCGCAGCCGGCGUCUUGCUGCUCAUACUGGUUGUGGUCGAAGGCCAGCUGCCACCCCGCCUGCCCGGCCGCAUCGCUAAGCGGUUAACUGAGCUCACCGACCCGGAGGCGCUCUGGCGCGACACGGAGCGCAUCGCCAUCGUGCGUCCGGCCGACACGCCGGGCAACGCCGCCGUGCGCGAGUACAUCAUCUCCCAGUUCACCUCUGGAGGGCUGGCCCAGCCGUGGAACGUGGAGAUUGACGAGUUCAGGAGCGCCACGCCCUACGGGGAGAAGACGUUCCGUAACAUCAUCGUCACGUGGAACUGCGACGCGCCGGAGCGGGUGGUCCUGGCUGCCCACUACGACUCCAAAUACUUCCCCGUACUCCUACGCCUAUUCCUCCCCGCUUCCCACCCUCUCGGCUGCUGA